UUCAAGUGUUAUGUUUUCGCGUUGCGUUAGGUUGGUGCAAGACCAUUUUCGCUGUGCCGCAGUUUACAGGUGCGACACUUUGAGCCAUGUACUUCCGGAACGUACGGCAAGGUUAGGUACACAUUUCAUAGCAAUUAUGGAAGCCUGUCCACAGUGUCACAGACCUAGUAGGUCACCACAUACUCGUUUAGUUCAAGAUUCCUGUGGGCAUAAGAAGUGUCGACUGUGUCUUAUGAAAGAUGAGGAUGGGUGUCGCCUGUGUGCUGCUAAAGAUGAAACAACUGUGAUAAAAAAAGAACAAGGUGGAAAGAGGCUACCAAUUUCUCCAGUUAACAUUCGACGACACAGUCAGAGAAAGCUGCUAACAACAGUCUCUGGAAACAGCACCACUAUACUACGUGCUGCAGUAGCAGAAAAUGACAUUGUUAAUGUUAACAAAAAGAACAUUUUUAAGGAUUCUGAGGAGAGAGAGAGAGAUGUAGUAAGGAGUCCAGAAAUGGAGACUUUUUUAACUGAUAAUGAAAACCAUGAUAGGCGAAGUGAUGAUAGUUCGACUUAUUCUGAAGAGACAAUUAAGGAGAAAUCUGGCCUUGAAGCAGAUGUGAAUUUGCCUACCAACAAGGUAGAAUGUGAAGAGAUAGAUACAGCAGAGGUGAAAUUGGAAAGGAAGAGGAAACCUAUGGUUAUCGCCAGUCACAUCACUGUAGCACAAGGUAAUCCUACAAUGUACACAUGCACAGUGUGUGUGAAGACAUUCAAGCGACGAGAACAUGUUCGUUAUCACAAUUUUUGUGCUACAGGAGACAAGCCUUUCAAAUGUGAUCUUUGUGGACAGUGCUUUGCUUCCAAGUCACAUUUUGAGUGUCAUCACCUCAAUCACACAGGUGCUCGGCCAUUCGUUUGUGAAACAUGUAACAGGGGUUUUAGGCAGAAAGACAAACUUACUCGGCACAUCAGAAUUCACACAGGUGAACGACCAUAUGUAUGUCAAGAUUGUGGUAAAGGCUUUAUAGCAUCACACAGUCUCAAAACACAUCAGCGAACACACACUGGUGAGAAACCAUACCUUUGUCCUCACUGUGGACGCGGAUUUACCGAAACUGUGAAUCUUCGCAAACACAUCCUUGUACACACAGGAGAGAAGAAUUUUAUGUGUGAAGGAUGUGGAAAGAGUUUUGGACACAAGUGGGCUCUCAUUCAUCACCAGCGAACUCAUUCACGAGAACGUCCACACAACUGUCACAUCUGCUCACGUGCUUUCACGAACAACAAGGAUCUCAGACGUCACUUUUCUGUACAUUCGGAUGUACGUCCAUAUAAGUGUUCAAUAUGUGAUACAAAAUUCAGACGCAAAGAUAAUCUCGAGCGACACAUGAAGAACACUCAUCCUGAGACACGUAUAACUUCGCUCAAUCUCCUCAACAAAAACUGCAAUGAGCACUUAGUGAACACAUCCAACCUUCAACAGCAGCAGAAGAUUACUGAAUUAAAUGGUACUGUCAGUAAUAAUGCACAUCAUCCCACAGACAACCUGGAAAAGGUCUCAGAUAAUAUCUACAAACAAACAACGCUGCAAGAAACACAAGUUGAAACUUUCUGCAUGACAACAGUUCCCUACAGUAGAACAGAAACUCAACAUACAGCAGAUACACAGGAAUCCAGCUGUAUUAAACCAGUGUCCAGGCCAAAUAAUUUUGAGACUUCACAAACAAAUGUUAAACUUACGAGCAGUUUUGCAUCAUCAGAUGUCUCUAUGACAACGGCCUUGCCUGUCUCAAACAAAGUAGCUCAGAAAUCUCAACCACAGACAAUAACAAAAUGUCUUAAAGACAUGCUGGUUCCUGUUCAUGACAUGAAUAUUACAAGCUUUAAGGAAAUGUUGGAUCCAGUUCAUGAUACAGGUUUUACAAACUUUAAAGAAACCAUCAUUCCAGUUCAAGAUAUGACAAUUACGAAAUUUCUGGAACCAGCUCGUACUACGAAUAUUGCCACCUUUAAAGACAUGUUAGAUCCAGUUCAUGACAUGAGUAUAGCAGGCUUUAAAGAAAUGUCUGAUCAAAUUCGUGAUACAAAUGUUACAAGUUUUAAAGAAAUGCUAGAUCCAGUUCAAGUCACAAACAUUUUUCCCAGUGGAUCUCUAUUUCAACAGAUUCCAGAGGCAAAGCAACAAAAAUCUCAGGCAGUUCCUGUGAUCAAUAGACCCAUUACUCCUUCCCAGCAAACAAUUUCAUACGGAAGAACUGGAAAAACAAAUGCAGGAAAAGAGAAGGUUGUAAUGGAAGGUACCAACUGUGUUCCAACUAUCACAAAAACAUCAAAUGUACUUCACUCCAGUGUUUUAAAUGCUACAAACUAUGGCCACCAGAAUGUGUUUACAAUUGUGAGUGCCAGCAGUGUAAGAACUUUUGCUUGUAAGAAAUCCAGGAACAUUUUGGAAAAUAAUGAUAAGGAAUCAUGCAUUGAGCUAGCUAGUCGAACAUUGCAAAGCGAUAUACACUGGAGAAAACGAACCAUGGGGCUUCUGCAGCACCAGCAAGAAAUAGCUCGAGAUAGUGGGUUAAUUUAACUUUUACGUUUGCAUGCUGAGAGUAUGGUUUCCUAGCUUCUGUUUAAAUGUACCUGCAGCCACUUUUUCUACAAGACAUUUGUUAUUUGCAGGCCAGCUGUGUUUGCACUAUGAAAAAAUUUGUAAAAUGUUGUGUUAAGAUUGUCAGUUUAAAUUUGAUUGUCAUUUUGUAUUAUAAAUAACCUUUUUAUACAAA